GCAGUUCGUAGCAAGAUGUCAUAGUGUGCUGUCCGAUCAUGAGGUGCUCGGUCGAGCCGCUCGUGGCAAAGCGGGCUUUGCAAGCCCUCACACUUGUGUGCUUAGCAACCUUGAGCUUCUGUCAGUAUGGAUACAAUGAUGAUCUGAAUUACUAUGAUGAUUAUCAGCUGUACACAGCCGGUUAUCAUUAUGACAUGUAUGAUGAGUCAGACGACGGCUUCUAUUACAACCAAUACACAGGAGAUUAUGAUGACGUCUAUGGAGACUAUUUCUUCGAGGAUGCAGAGGAGACGGAGGUGGACUGCAGGAUUGGCGCUGACAGCUCACCUGUGUUCAAUGGCACAAAGCCCUGCGAUCUGAAGAUCGAGGGAGCCGACAAGCUCUUAAGGAACCUUAGCGGCGGACUUGAUGGCGUAUAUGCAGUGUGGUCCUGUGAAAAUGGCAGGCCCCUGUACAAGCGGCAACAGAGUCCACCAGGCCAGGACCGUGUACUGUGGUACUCAGUUCAAUACAGGGACUGGGAUGUCACAAAUGGUUCCGUGGCGCAAGAGGAUGACAUCCUCAUGUUUGGAGGCAGCGGCGGCAGGGAGAGCCGCCCACAGUAUGUGCAGAAUGAGUGGAGCAUUGCCACGGAGUUCCUCAAGGACUUCACUGGCGUGGAGGAGUACAACCGCAUUGAUUUGACAGUGGUGUGCGCGGACGGAACACAGACUGAGCUUCCUGCGCUCCAGAAGUUUGGCAAGACGCCACUGCUGAUGGACGACGAGAUGGAGGCCCAGUACAAGAUGGUGUACAACCGAGCCAUGGCCAGGAACGAUGCCAGCGCAGAGAUCAAUCUGGGCCUGGUGACACUGUUUGUGAUGAUUGGGCUGGGCAUCGUGUUUGGGCUGCCCUACCUGGUGGCCCGCAACAGGCGCAUGCGCAAGGAGCGAGGCAGCGCCUCUGCCCCCAGCGCGCUCUCCAAUAUCCUCGAGCUCACCCGCAAGCGCGGCCACGUCAACUGAGCCCCACUUGCUACUUAGCGCCUGCUCCCCCCGCCGUCAUGCACAGCUCUGGCGGCUGCUGCAAGGGCCCUGGAAAGUGGAGAAGAGUGCCCUGGAAAGGAGAGCGCCGCUGGCAAGCUUCACGAUAGAGGGGACAGGCGGCUUCUGGUGGUGAUGGGCGCUGGCUAGACCAUUUCUGGCCGUUGCCUUUUGCUGUAAUUUCAAGGUCGUGUAAGCACUGUUCAGGGAAGAUUGCUGGGCGGGUUUGCAUGGGCUUGCGCCGUCCAGGAAGCCUCUCAGGCUUGCAUACGCACAGUUAGCAGCUGCCGGACGGAUCCAUGUUUCUUUUGCUCCUGCAGCGUGAGCGAUGCAGGCUGCGACAUGCACUGCAGGGCCAUGUGUCCUGUGUGGUAGCAAUAGGGCCCACAGAUGGCAAAGUGGCCAGUCGCUGUGUCACCCUGAACUGAUACAGGACGGUGCUGGUCAUGCAUUAGGUGAAAUCCAAAGGCAGCUGGCCUAGAGCUUGGCUGUCUUGCAAUGCUGCUGUUGGUGGAAUGGAUUCAUGGUACUGCAGCUUUGAUGUGAGCCCAACACCAGCAAGUAUUGACAUCGAUAUAUCUUCAGACAAGGCGCCAAGGCAAAGGAAUCUUGUGAUAUCAACAUCGUCCAAGCUUCUCAGAUGUCAUUAUUAUCAAAGGCUGCAUCCCUGGCUUGGUGCUCAAUGUCAGGUGUCGCAUGGCUCUUAAUUUUCAGUACAAUAAUUGUCUGAUCAGGGUGAAGAUGGCAAGAGGAGGC